CUCAUCCACCAUAUACCAUGUGCUUUAGAGUGAAAUUCUACCCUCAUGAACCCUUGAAGAUUAAAGAAGAGCUCACCAGAUACAUUAUAAACCAGCAAAUAAAAAGGGAUAUUUUCCAUGGCCGUUUGCUGUGUUGUUUUUCUGAUGCUGCCUACCUGGGUGCCUGUAUAGUCCAAGCUGAACUUGGUGAUUACGAUCCUGAUGAACACCCAGAGAAUUAUAUGAAUGACUUCAAGAUUUUUCCCAAACAGUCACAUAAGCUUGAGAAGAAAAUAGCUGAAAUACAUAAAACCGAAUUCAGAGGUCAGAGCCCAGCUGUUUCUGAAUUUAAGCUGCUCCUGAAAGCACAUUCAUUAGAAACUUAUGGUGUUGAUCCUCAUCCUUGCAAGGACUCAACAGGAACAACUACGUUUUUAGGAUUCACAGCUGCAGGAUUUGUAGUUUUCCAGGGGAACAAACGCAUUCAUUUGUUAAAAUGGUGUGAUGUCUAUAAGCUGAAAUUUGAAGGGAAGACUUUUUAUGUGUUUGGAGCUCAGAAAGAGAAAAAGGCUGUACUGACAUUCCAUACCUCAACACCAGCAGCCUGCAAGCAUCUUUGGAAGUGUGGGGUGGAGAACCAGGCUUUUUAUAAGUAUGCAAAAUCCAGCCAGAUUAAGACCAUGUCCAGCAGCAAAAUAUUUUUUAAAGGCAGCAGAUUUCGUUACAGUGGAAAAGUAGCCAAAGAGGUGGUGGAGGCAAGCUCUAAAAUCCAGAGGGAACCUCCGGAAGUUCACAGAACCAGCGUUACGCAGAGUCGCAGCUCUCCCUCUCUGAACAAGCAACUCAUAAUUAAUAUGGAACCUUUGCAGCCCCUUAUUCCUUCUCCAUGUGAGGAGGAGGAGGUUCCUUUAGAUGAAG